AUGAACCAGUGUAAUGAACCAGUAUUAGCUAUGUAUAAUCCAAAACAACCUAUUAGAAUUUCCACGGACGCUAGCCGAAGUGGCCUGGGUGCUGUGUUAGAGCAGCAAACUGAUGGACACUGGUUAUCUGUUGCAUAUCAUUCCAGAGCAGUAACUGAUGCGGAAAGUUGUUACGCAGUAAUCGAGUUGGAAACACUAGCAAUAGCCACAGCUUGUGAAAGAUUCCAUCAGUACAUCUAUGGGCAACGAGUAGAGAUCAACACAGACCAUAAACCCUUGGUUGCCAUAUUUUCAAAACCAUUAAAUGAUUGCCCCCCUCGUAUUGAGAGACUACGUCUGAGAUUACAAAGAUAUGACUUGCACCUCACUUACGUCCCAGGUAAAGAGAACUACACACGUCAGCUGACACUUUAUCUAGAUUACCCAACCAAGCUAAAGUUUACAGCAUUACAGAAGCUGAUGUACAAGUCCAUGUUGAGGGAAUAAUGGUUACAACUUUAGUAUCGGACCGAAAGAAAACAGAAAUCAAGCAUGAAAUGGAGCAAGAUACUUCGAUGCAAAAGCUAAUCAAAGUAAUCCAAGCCGGAUGGCCAGAUGAACGUCAAGCUUGCUCAUAUGAACUCCAAGCAUAUUGGAACUAUAGCGAUGAACUCUGUAUUCAUGAAGGACUCAUCUACAAAGGUAAACGCAUAACUAUCCCCUUAAAAUUAAGAAAAGAAAUUUUAUCCCAGAUUCAUGCAGGUCAUAUGGGCCAUGAAAAGUGUAAAAGAAUGGCUAGACAAGUUGUUUUCUGGCCUGGUAUGAACCAUGAGAUAGAUACAUUGGUGAACCAAUGUGAAGCAUGCCAAAAACACCAGCAUCAACAAUCUGUAGAACCCCUUAAACCACACCUAGUUCCAAAUCGACCAUGGCAAAAAGUGGCAACUGACUUAUUUGAGCUGAACAAUCAGCAUUAUAUUGUUAUUGUUGAUGCCUACUCCAACUACCCCGAGGUGCAAGAAUUGACUAGUCAGUCAAGUAAAUCUGUAAUCAAUGCCAUAAAAACAGUAUUUGCUCGAUUAGGCAUUCUCGAAGAGGUCCUUGGUGAUAAUGGACCUUGUUAUAGCAGUGCUGAGUUUGCCUCAUUUGCUAAACAAUGGGAUUUUAAUCACAUAACUAGUAGCCCAGGAUUUCCCCAGUCCAAUGGAUUAGCAGAACGGACAGUUCAAACUGUAAAAAACAUCAUAAGUAAAUCGAUUGAAAGCAAAGAAGAUUAUCAAAUGGGACUACUCGUACAGUAUAUAGGGAUACACCUCUUGCUAAUGGGUUCACACCAGCAGAGUUGCUAAUGGGUAGGAAAAUACGCAGCAAUCUCCCUAUCACAGGCUUAACUCUAAAUCCAGCAACGCCACCCAAUGUUAAAGACAUAAAGGAGCAGGAAAAAAACCAAUAAAAGACUCUAUCAUGAUCAGCAUGCAGAGAAACUCUCAGUACUAAUUCCAGGAGAUCGUGUCAGAGUAAGACAGGAUGCGAACCCCACUGGAAAGACAAAGGUGAAGUGUUGAAAAGAGUAAUGCCUAGAUCGUAUAAUGUAAAAACGGAAAACGGAACAGUUCUUAGACGUAAUAGGAGAGACUUGUUAAAGAUACAGGAGAAAGCGAAGGAUAGCACAGAGAAGGAAAAGGCACAGGCAAUGGAUUUGGCAAGUCGGAAGAAACACCAGGUAAACACAAAGAUCUUAGAUAAGAAGCCUGAAAUAAAAGCAAUAUAG